CACACAGCACCCCAUGGGGAAAAGACGCGGACGGACAUUAUGGGGAAAUGUCCAAAUACUUCCUAUUGUCCGACUUAUUCGCCCGACCAUAAUCAUCAGCAUCAUCAUCAUCAUUAGCAGCAGCAGCAGCAGCACACUCACGUAGCAUUUAUGAUUAGUUGCUGCAUGAAUUAUAACCUCUUUUCCGUCACCGGUCCGGGGUAUAUUGCCUUUCUUUUCACCUUUCUCUCUUUAUUUUCGCUUUCUUUUUUCCCUGAGAAAGUCGCUAUCUCUACUGCAACAUUACUUCUCCUGACUCUUUUAUACAGUAGCGAAGUAUGACUACCAGUAACUACAGCAACCCUAUUAUUUCGGGAUUCAACCCAGAUCCUUCUAUUUGUCGUGUUGGUAACGACUUCUACCUGGUGACUAGCACCUUCCAGUUUUUCCCGGGCGUACCCAUCUACCAUUCGCAAGACCUGGCGAAUUGGACUCAGAUUGGCAACGUCUUGAGCCGCCCGGAACAACUCGCGGAUCUUGACAAGACGCUCGUAAAUGGCGGUAUUUGGGCACCGACAAUUCGGUACCAUAAAGGCACCUAUUACAUGAUCACCACCAUGGUAUUCACCGACAAACCUCACUUGGACUUUUCUCGUUGGCGUAAUUUCUUUGUGACAGCCACGAAUCCUGCUGGACCAUGGUCUGAUCCUGUCUUUUUCGAUUAUCCUGGCUACGACCCGUCGUUCACCUUUGAUGAUGAGAACGAUGGUCAGGUCUAUGUCCAAGGCUCGUUUUACCAUCGUAUUCGUAAAGAGAUUUCGCAAAGUAAGAUUGAUGUCAAGACCGGCGAAACUGAUCCCCCGCAUCGCAUUUGGUCAGGCACCGGCGAAAAGGCGCCAGAAGCACCCCACAUUCUUUACAAGAAUGGAUGGUACUACUUGAUUAUUGCAGAAGGUGGUACAGAGCUUGGUCAUCGUGUCACAAUGGCUCGGUCCAGAAAUAUCGACGCGGAUGAACAAGACUGGGAAGCAUGUCCAACAAAUCCAAUAAUUACACAUUUUGAUCUGCCAGACGAGCUAGUGCAGUGUGUAGGCCACGCGGAUCUGUUUCAGAAUACAGAUGGUCAGUGGCACAUGGUCUUGCUGGCAUCAAGAGCUUACGACUGCGACCAUUUUCCCAUGGGCCGCGAAACAUUUUUGGUACCUGUCAAUUGGGAUGGCGACUGGCCAAUGGUUCAGAGACCGAUCAAGGCAGUUUCUGCGGAUUCCUUUGCCAAAAGUACUGAUCUGUGUCCAUUUGGAGCUGUUUCUCAAGACGGCGGUGAUGAUAGCAGCAGCAGCAGCAAGAACAACUACCAAUGGGCUUUGAACUGGCUUUGGCUGCGUCUACCGGACAAAUCAAAGUAUCACUUAAUCGACACGACUCAAUGCGUUCUCACUGGAUCAGCUGCUCUGCUCGAUGAUCCAAAAAUUUCUCCCACUCUCGUUGGCCUGCGCCAAGGCCACGUCAAAUGUCGAGUCACAGUUGAGUUGAGCAACAUUCAACGUGAUAGCGCAACGGCUGGUUUGACGGCGUAUCUAGAUUGCCACCAUUAUCACGCCAUGGCUGUAAAGCAUACUACUGACGGUCAUCUCAGAUUGAAUCACAUUAAAGCAGCAGCAUUGUCUUCCGCUCCUUCUAACACAGCAACAACAACGACAGCAGCAGGUGAUGAAGAUGGUGGUGUUACUCUGCCUUCAGCCAGCAGCGACGACAAGGUUACAUUAGCCAUCGAAACGAACGAAACCGAAUUCUAUUUCGAGUACAAGCAAGAAGCAAAGGGAAAAUGGCACCGUUUGGCCACAGUGAGCAGCAAGGAGCUGUCCACCGGAUUUACAGGAGUAAUUUUCGGCCUUUUUGUUACUGGUGACGGGAGCGCUCAGUAUGGAAACUUCAACUAUCAGGUGCUUUGAUUUAUUUUGGUGUGCGAAAAAAGAGUCAUUACUGAGUAGACUGGCG